CGAUUUUUUAAUGCUCGCUUUUGCCAGUCACAACAAAAAAAGGUCUAGCUUUUAUUCCCGCUGCAGUCGCUGUUACACUCUUCGCCAUGGAGGAAGAAGCAAGGAAAAGAAAGGAGCGCCUCGAAGCUAUCAGAAAAAGAAAGCUCGCGAGCUCAUCAGGAUCCACCGAUCGUGCUUCUGAUGAAGCAGAAAAAACCUUGACAUUCCGAAGUUAUGUACCGAUCGACGAAGAUUUGCAAAAGAAUGUCAGCAUAGCCACUCCUGCUGACAUUGGCGCCACGGUGGAAUCGGAAACACAACACAUUGCAAAGGAUACUUUGCGGGAAGCAGCUGAUAAAGAGAAAGAGGAAGUGGAUCUGUUCAAUCUUGCACCCAGAAAGCCAAACUGGGAUCUGAAAAGAGAUGUAGAAGCAAAGCUGGAGAAACUCGACCGAAAAACCCAGCGUGCGAUUCUAGAACUCAUUCGACAACGCCUAACAAGUGAUUCGGACAAAACCACAAACCUUGCUGAAGCCGUCGCCAACGCAGAAGCUCAACAAAAGCUGGAGGCUAGUGAUGACUAACAUGAAUCUUAAAAUCCCCCUUAUCAUCAGACCGUGUAAAUCAAACAGUAAAAAAGCUACAAUUUAGUCUCAAUCAUUCACACUCGCGUCCAUUGACUUGGAACUUGUUUGGAAACGGUGGAUAUCCCUGGGAAAAGAAAUUCUUUCGAGUGCCAGAGUGUUGUGGAAAACAAGUGUGCAAAAAUGGCAACAAGAAUACUUGGGUCUUUAGGUUUACCGGAGCAUAACAGAUCUCUCUUCGCAUGGACCUGCUCCAUUCACUGGGCCAUCCUAUCUUCGGUCGAACGAGAUCCUUGGGGUUUUUGGAUGCAUUGAUUUAAUUUGACAGACUCACGUAAUGUUACCGAGUAAAAAAAGCUUUCCGUUGAGGAUACAAUUCUUUUAUUUGACUUGUCCAUUUAUUCCAGUGGAG